CCAUGGCAGAGACGAAAUCGUUAGUGCGGAAGACAAGCAUAUCUCCAACGAGUACAUGGAUUAAGUUGGAUGCUACUGGACAUAGUUCCUUACUCAACAUGGACAAGUAUGACAUCAUUCAUCGGUUAAAGAUUCAUGCUCGAGAUCUCCGGAUUCUCGAUCCUAUUCUCUCUUAUCCCUCUACCAUUCUUGGCAGAGAAAAGGCUAUUGUUCUUAACUUGGAGCAUAUCAAGGCAAUCAUCACUGCUGAAGAGGUGUUUUUGCUAGAUCCAGCGGAUGAAAAUGUGGUACCUGUUGUUGAGGAGCUACAAAGGAGGUUAUCUGCCAUUGAUACAAAUCAAGGAGAUGAUUAUGAUAUUGAAAUAGAUGAAAACAAUGAGUCACCCUUUGAGUUUCGGGCACUAGAGGCACUGUUAGAAGUAGUUUGUAGCUACCUUGCCGCACGUACAAAAGAAUUAGAGAUGGCUACCUAUCCUGCACUAGAUGAACUUACCACCAAGAUUACUAGUCGUAAUUUGGACAAAGUUCGUAAAUUGAAGAGUGCUAUGACGAGGCUAACCGCUAGGGUUCAAAAGGUAAGAGAUGAACUUGAACAAUUAAUAUAUGAUGAUGACAACAUGGCUGACCUAUACUUAUCGAGAAAGUCGUCAAAGUUAUUAAGUCCAUUAGAUGUUUCCAGUUGGUUUGUUACAUCCCCUACCAGAGGAUCUAAACUAUCAAAUGGAGAUGAAAACGAUGUGGAGGAGCUAGAAAUGUUAUUAGAGGCUUAUUUUAUGGACAUUGAUCACACAUUCAACAAAUUGACAACGCUGCGAGGGUACGUCGAUGAUACUGAAGAUUAUAUCAAUAUCCAGAUUGACAACCAUCGAAACCAAUUAAUUCAGUUAGAGCUAUUUCUUAACGCGAUUGAACUUUCUUUGGCCUUUUAUUCAUUGGUGACUGGAAUACUUUCCAUGAAUUUUCCACUUUCUUGGAAUAAAAAUCAUGGUUACUUAUUCAAAUGGGUGGUCCUUUUUACAGCAAUUUUAUCCGCUAUUAUGUUUCUCGCGAUAAUUACCUCUCCUAGAAAAAAGGGGUUGGUAGGAUCAUGAUAUAUGGUUAAUCAAUUAGCUCGAGAGAAAGUGCAAAGUAUGGAAUCAUGAAUCAAAAAUAUAGUGUGUGACGACUUAUAUUAAUUGUAGAGAUUUUAAUCAAAUUUGAUUCUUGAUUUUCUUGAGUUGUUGAUGUGUUAUUAGCAAUUUAUGUUGAAAAGAUUUUGUAAGAGACAAAUUUCCAUGACUUCUAGAGUUGGCAUCCAACAAACUUGCUUGGA